GUGGGCCCCGUGUGCCCGGCGCCUGCCUUUCCCACCCGUGCCAGAAUGCGGGCAGCUGCCUGGAGACAGAGCAGGGCUAUGUCUGCGAAUGCCAGGAGGGCUACGCCGGGCAGGACUGUCGAGACAAGCUCUCGGAGGGCUGCGAGUGUCGCAACGGGGGCAGUUGUCUGGAAGGGAAUGUCACCAUCUGCCAGUGCCCGCCUGGGUUUUUUGGUCUCCUCUGUGAAUUUGAAGUCACCACCACGCCGUGCAACGUGAACACGCAGUGCCCGGACGGCGGCUACUGCAUGGAGUAUGGUGGGAGCUACCUCUGCGUCUGUCACACCGACUACGGCACCAACCACACGAUGCCAUCCCCCUGUGACUCGGAGCCCUGCAUGAACGGGGGGUCCUGCGAGGUUCAAGAUGACUCGUACACCUGUGAGUGUCCUCGAGGCUUCCUUGGCAAGCACUGCGAGAAAGCGAAACCACGGCUCUGCAGUACGGGGCCCUGUCGCAACGGGGGUACCUGCAGGGAAGCGGAUGGCGAGUACACCCGCACCCGCCCCCACCCCCGCGAGAUCGGUAAACCAGACCCCUGCGCCUCAGGCCCCUGCCAGAACGGCCAGAACGGGGGCACCUGCUUCCACUACAUCGGCAAGUACAAGUGCGACUGCCCACCGGGCUACGCUGGCCGGCACUGCGAGAUUGUGCCCUCCCCGUGCUUCCUCAGCCCCUGUGAGAACGGUGCUACCUGUGAGGACCUCGGCGGGGGCUACUUUGGCUACGUUUGCCCCUGCCCCAUGGGCUACGUAGGGAAGCACUGCCAGUCUGAGGUCGACUGUGGCAUCCCCAGCGAGGUGAAACACGCCCAGGCCUCUUUCAACUCUACCAAGGUGGGCUCCCUGGCUGAAUACCAGUGUGAGCUGGGCUACGCACUCAGUCAGCACAACCAUCCCCGUGUCUGCCGCUUGCCAGGUGUCUGGAGCGACCCCCCCGAAUGCGAUGAGAUCGACGAGUUCCAGUCGCAGCCCUGCCGGAACGGCGGCCAGUGCAAGGACCGCAUCGCCGAGUUCCUGUGCCUGUGUGAGCCGGGUUACGCUGGCCAGCACUGCGAGUUGGAUGUUGACGAAUGCCAGUCAGAGCCCUGCAAGAACAGCGGGACCUGCCGGGACCUCCCCGGGUCCUUCGCUUGCUACUGUCCCGAGGGUUUUGUGGGGACCCAGUGUGAGACAG